AUGUUAUACGGAGCUGGUAUCAAUAUUCUUCUCUUUCUUUUCUCAAUUUUAACAUUUCUUCUUGUUAACGGUCAAAAUUCCUUAGAUGCGAAAUGUGACGAAAAUACCGUGAAUAUGCAUAUGCUUCAAUGUUAUAAAGAAUUUAUUGAUGAUACAAUUGAUACAACAUCCCCGGAAAACGCAUAUUAUAUGGAAGGAUCUUUACUUUGCCAAGCGUAUAAUAAAAGUUCAUCAUAUCGUCAAUGUCUUUACUCAAUCUUUGAUCAAGAUGAAGUUUGUUCUGCUGAUCAUUUUCCAUUUUCAUAUGAAUAUUCCAAAAUUUAUUGGAAAUUGGUUAUGAGUUCAUGUGGAGUAACAAAAGGUGGUUCAUGUCAUCCAGCACGUUUAAGUCAUCAGGCAUUAAGUAAAUGUCGUUAUUCUUUUGAUGAUAAAUAUCCAACAAAAUGUCGAGAAUUUUUACAUUCAGUUCAAUGUAUGGAAAAACAUGAAACGGAAUUAAUACCAUUAACAUAUGGAUCAGAAUGUUCGAGAAAUAAAGCAUUUUAUUAUUAUUAUGGAGAUCUCGCUGCACGUCUUCAAUUAGCUGUCAAUUGUGCACAGAUAGAAAAUCGCCACACAAAUCCAUCAAUAUUACACGACUUCAUUGCAAUUCGAACAAGUUAUUGA